ACCCAGCCUCGCUGGCAGACAGUACAGUACAGACUGCACUCUCUUCCUAAUGGACACGUGGAGCAUAUUAAAUUCUUUCGGGCGCUGAUUUUUAACAGUUUUUUUUUAAAAAACUUCCUUUCCCUCACUGUUAACCGUCAGCCUCCUACCGUAAAGGGGAAUAUGGACAACAGUCUGCAUCGUUUGAAGCAAGAAUUGCAGUCCAUGAAGGAGGCCGGAGAUGGGCUCCAGGAUCAGAUGAAUUGUAUGAUGGGCGCUCUUCAGGAACUGAAAAUUCUCCAAGUGCAGACAGCUCUGGAACAGCUGGAGAUUUCGGGACUGCGGAGCCAACCGCCAUCCAUCAUCCCCCGCCAGCCACGGCCGAGGAAUGGGAGAGAGGACGCCAAGAUCAGGCAGUGCCUGCAGGGCACCAGGCUGGAGGAGAAACCCGGCAAGCCCGGCGGCAGUGGUGCCGUCCCUCCAGCGAGCGACGUCUCCUUAUCCAGGCCGGCCGAUAAGCCUGUGAGCGGCUGGUCAGGGGGUUACCUGAAGGAGGCAUCCCGUCGAGAGGUGCCGACGUCGGCGACGUCCUCCGGGGCUUUAGACUGUUUGAGGGACGGACCGGCAUCGCCCAGAGUUGACCUCGGUCAACAAGCGGUUCCAUCAACAGAGAAACGCCGGCUUUCAGCGGCCAGCAAGACGGUCGGUGAGACAACCCAAGCCAGCGAGGGCUCCAACGAUUGGACCUCAUCUCUGCUCUCUCAGAGCAGGAACAGGCAGCCCCUCAUUCUAGGGGACAAUGUCUUCGCAGACUUGGUGGGCAACUGGUUGGACUUGCCCGAGCUGGAGAAGAUAUCGCAGGCCGCCCCUGUGGAGGGUAGGGGUCGACAAGAUCACGUCCCCAUUAUCAGCAAGUCUCAGGAAUUCCAGAAGAAGUUAACGCUCACGGCCAAUAUCUUCAAGAAGCUGCUGAGGAGCGUGCGGCCAGACAAGGGCAAGCGAGCCCAGGCGAUGGCCGCGAACCCAUCGGAAUCCAUCACUAAGCGAUCCAGCAAGGCGUCUAAGCAAAAGGUGACAUUUUACUUUGCAUUGCGAGGCAAUGGCACGCCAGCCAGUCGGCCCCUGGACGGCGCUGGGAGUGGCACCACCAUACCAGAGGAACACAAUCACCGAGCCCACACUUGCACCAGGAAGCUGGUCCAGCCUGUGACGGGCAAACACUCUCAAUUUGACUACAACACAGUGGUUUGGGUCUGAAUCCAGUUCCUGGCGACACAAAUGAACGAAUUUGCACUUAAUUUCUCUGCCACGUUUCACAGCUCCCUCUCCCAACUGUUUACAGUACAUUUUUAUCAAAAUUUUUUUUGUUGUUUGAAUGGUUGAGUGUCCAGAUUGAAUUGUAUCAAGACUAUUUAAUGGGUCAUUGGUGGAUGAAAUAUGUUCACACUUGAUACUUUUUACGUUUGUUGGAAGAUUUAUACCUGAACUGUGAUAUCUCAUCUGGUAACUCAGCCUUAAGGUUAUGGAACCUUCCAUCACAUCAUCCACAGGGACAUCGGGUGCACUAUCAUGUAAUUGGUCCUUUAGAACAUAGAACAUAGAGUAGUACAGCACACUACAGGCCCUUCGGCCCACAUUGUUGUGCCGACCCUUAAACCCUGCCUCCUAUAUAACCCUGCACCUUAAAUUCCUCCACAUACCUGUCUAGUAGUCUCUUAGAUUUCACUAGUGUAUCUGCCUCCACCACUGACUCAGGCAUUGUAUUCCACGCACCAACUACUCUCCGAGUAAAAAACCUUCCUCUAAUAUCCCCCUUGAACUUACCACCCCUUACCUUAAAGCCAUGUCCCCUUGUAUUGAGCAGUGGUGCCCUGCGGAAGAGGCGCUGGCUAUCCACUCUAUCUAUUCUUCUUAAUAUCUUGUAUACCUCUAUCAUGUCUCCUCUCAUCCUCCUUCUCUCCAAAGAGUAAAGCCCCAGCUCCCUUAAUCUCUGAUCAUAAUCCAUAUUCUCUAAACCAGGCAGCAUCCUGGUAAAUCUCCUUUGUACCCUUUCCAAUGCUUCCACAUCCUUCCUAUAGUGAGGCGACCAGAACUGGACACAGUACUCCAAUUGUGGCCUAACCAGAGUUUUAUAGAGCUUCAUCAUUACCUCACAACUCUUAAAUUCUAUCCCUCGACUUAUGAAGGCUAACACCCCAUAAGCUUUCUUAACUACCCUAUCUACCUGUGAGGCAACUUUCAGGGAUCUGUGACCAUGUACCCCCAGAUCCCUCUGCUCCUCCACGUUACCAAGUAUCCUCCCAUUUACUUUGUACUCUACCUUGGAGUUUGUCCUUCCAAAGUGUACCACCUCACACUUCUCCAGGUUGAACUCCAUCUGCCACUUCUCAGCCCACCUCUGCAACCUUUAUGUCCUUCUGAGUCAGAUACUAUUCACCAGUUAGCAGCAGACAGGUGCACAGGCUGAUUGGGCUCACAGAGACCCAAGGGCUUGUGAGUGUCCCAUGUUUUGAUCCAUUCCAUCUGAUGAGAGGCCCUGAGCUUGCAGCAUUGGGUUGAACUUGAGUCCUCCCUUAGUCGCCCAUCUCAGGGUUGCUGAAUCCAGAGCAGAAAUGGGACCACAAAAUCUCUAUGGUGCCAAUGAGGGAAUAACCCAGUAACACAUGGGAUUUUCGACCGCCACACUUUGUCUGCAACAAAGCUUUCAUGGAACAUUACAGCACAGUAUAGGCCCUUCGGCCCAUGAUAUUGUGACAACCUUUUAUCCUACUGUAAGAUCAAUCUAACCCUUCCCUCCUACAUAGUGCUCCAUUUUUCUAUCAUCCAUGUGCCUAUCUAAGAGUUUCUUAAAUAUUCCUAAUGUAUCUGCCUCUAUCAGCACCCCUGGUAGAGCGUUCCAAGAACCCACCACUCUUUGUGUAAAGAACUUACCUCUGACUUUCCUGAAAUCACCUUAAAAUUAUGCCCCCUUCCAUCAGCCAUUUCUACCCUGGGAAAAGUCUCGGGCUAUUCCCUUGAUCUAUGUCUCUUAUCUUCUCAUAUACAUCUAUCAAGUCACCUCUCUUCCUCCUUCGGUAGAAAGAAAAGAGCCCUAGCUCGCUCAGCCUAUCUUUAUAAGAUAUGCUCUUUAGUGGAGGCAACAUCCUGGUAAAUCUCUGCUCUCUCUAAAGCUUCCAUUUCCUCCCUAUAAUGAGGCAACCAGAACUGAACACAAGUGUGUUCUGCUACACUACCUCGCAGUUCUCGAAGCGAGUCCCCUUACUAAUGAAUGUCAACACACCAUACACCUUCUUAACAACCUUCUCAACCUGCGUGGUGACUUUAAGGCUCUCCUCUUGCUAUUCCUGCCAAUUCCCAUUUGACGGCUUAGUCCUGUUUAACAAAACCAGUGGACAUGUUCUCAAUGUCACAUGGUGGUGUGACUGCUUCAUCCGACGAGUGUGAGUAUUCUGUAACCCGUGAACAAGUGAGAUGAAGCAUUAGAUUUUGGCUUUUACUUAGAACUAAUUUGACUGUUUAUAUCUGGAUGUAGUGUGUAAUGUGAGGUGUUAUGCCAAGUAAUAUCCUGGCCUUUGGUUGAGUGUGUUCUCCAUGGGGGACACAGAGCUAGAUGAUCUAAUAAAUGUUGAUUGUGCCCCCAUGUUUAAACAAGGCUGAUUGAUCUUUUAAGUGCUAUUGAGAAUCAGUUACAGAGGGUAAUAUGCCUUGCCUAUUCUUGUUCUUUUUUUUGAAGCUUAUUCACUCUUGUUCCUUAAGGCUGUUAUAGCUGGUGGGGCUGGGGGUACUGAAGAUAAGCUCCUACUACCUAUUAAAUGUUCACAGUGGUGUGUGUCUCGCAUAGCCUCUGACAACCAAGUCCAUCUCCUGGUCUUCACGUAUGGCUCAGCCACUAAGCCCAGUGGAACCAUACUACAGAACGGAGAAUGGGCAAAGGUGGGUUACUUGCGUCUUAAAAUCAGGCUCAUCAGCUAUAGUUGGCAGCUCAUCCAGGAGAAGGAAAUCUCUGAUCUGCCUUGCAGCUAUACCAACUUUGGUAGUAAACCCUAAGGAAAAAUCCAGAGCUAGAGUCCCUAAGGCAAUCCCACAUUCAGUUCAAAGCUGUCUGGCAAUUCCUGUGGCACCUCUGAUGCCAAACUGUAAUGGUCUCUGCCGUUCCUUUGGAUUCAUCAGCUGCGUAAAGUCCCCCCCACCACUGCAUGGGCAAUAGCUCACUCUCCAUCUCGUACUGCCAUGGCUUGCGUUACUGUAUUGCGUUUCAAUUUUGACAGCUAUGACACAAUGCCCAUGGUCAACCCUAACCUACAGAGGGCCAUCAGUCAAUGAAUCCCUUUGGCCUCUGAUUCAGUAUUCUCUGACUAUAAAAAUGUAUUUCUCAUGUUGGAAUGCCUCCAUGGCCUUCUCAAUCCCUUCCUCUGAAACCCCCUUCAACUUGCACUCUCCUAAUUCUUACACACAUUUAGUUUUAUUUUAUUUAGAGAUACAGCAGGGUAAUAGGCCCUUCCAGUCCAACAAGCCCACACCGCCCAAUUUCACCCAUGUGAGCAAUUAACCUUCUAACCCAUAUUUCUUUGGAAUGUGGGAGGAAACGGGAGAAGUUGGAGGAAACCCACGCAGUUGUGGGUAAAACAUACAACUCCUUAUAGAGAGCAGAGGGAAAUGAACGUGUGCUGCUGGCACCGUAAUAGUGUUACGCUAACUUCUAAACUACCGUGCCAUCCCUAUGCUACCGGGACACUUUCAUCCAGAUCUCCCCACUGACAGCCUCAACCCUAGCUUAAAGAUUAUCUGCAGCUUUUAAAAAAUCAGCUUUAUUUGUAGCACGUGCAUUUGUAACGCAUACAGUUAAAUGUGCCAUUUUGCAUCAAUGACCAUCACAGGAUUUUGCAGCGCGCAACCUGCAAACGUCGCCAUGCUUCGGGCACUAAAAUAGCAUGCCCACCACACACUAACGCUAACCCUAACCUGUACGCCUUUGGACUGUGGGAGGAAACUGGAGCACCCGGAGAGAACCCAGGUGGUCACAGGGAGAACGUACAAACUUACAGACAGCAGCAGGGAUUGAAGCCCGAAUUAGUUUCUCGAAUUUCCUCCUAAACCAUAUUGCCUCUCCCUCUUUACUAAUUUGGCAUUGUGUUCAGCACGGGGACUAUGUGAGCCAUAGGGCCUGUUUUGUGCUGUACUGUUCUACGUUCUAUGUACAAUGCUUCUUAAAAAAUCUCCAGCCACUGCAUUACUAACAUAUCCUAAUGAUUCCUCUGAUGUUUUAGGCUGGAAAUGCUCUUGAGACAUUUUGAAGUGUUGAAGACAUUAAGUAAAUAUAAGAGAUAGUUAUACUGGAAAUCUGACAGUGCUCACUGAUCCUUUUGUUCUGCUGGUUCUAACCCACUCGACACUGGAAAUGACAGGAAAUGAAAAUCCACCCGUACUUCACUUAAAGCCUGUAAAUAAAUAAUUC